AUGACUGAGGAGUGCAGUGAGACGUGGGCUGAGUCAUCCAUCGAUGCCACCCUCACAGAGGAUGCAGUUGAGCAGAUAGAGGCUGUUCCAGAGGCAGGGAGAGGGCGGGUGUCAGAGGAGCACGCGACGCUGUGCACUCUGAGCGACCACUCGGACAUUGUGACUCUGGAGCCUUCAACGGCGGCAGAGGCAGGACCGUGGGAUGAGCUGGUGGUUCCGGGGGAGGAGUCGGAGGCCGCGGAGGAGCUGUACCUGGGUACCUCCUCCAGCAGCCAGUACACCUUCAGCACUGCAGAGCCAGCAUCACCCUUGCCUGCGGGCCGGGACUCCAGCAGCAGUGAGGAUGAGCAGGGUCAGCAGCCCAGCCCGGCCCUGAAGAGGCGCAGAGUUCGGAGGAGCACAGCCACCGCGUCUGAGACUGAGGAGGCGAAGAGCCCCGGAGGAGGCGAGCAGGAGCCACAGGAGGAGGAGCAGGAGGAGCAGUACAUGCCUCCUCCCGAGAGCCCCGUCACCAGCACCCUUAACAUAUGCUUCUUACUCGCCCUGAUCAUCAGCAUCGGCAUCGGCUUCAGACACGUCUAUGGUAUGGUUCCCGUUCAUAAGAUGGCGGGGGAGGCCCCAGAGGGUGAGCUUAACGAUAUGAUGGGAGACAUGCGCCAGCAUCUGGGGGAGAACGACAUCAUCACAGUGAGCAAGGAACUGGUUGAGCGUCUGAGAGAAGACCUGGAGGAGAAGCGUGGCAUGGUGCUCUCUCUCACGGGGAUUAUGGAUAAGAUCACUAAAGAGAACCAUCAGCUCAGACUGAAACAGGCCGAGCUGCAGGCUCAGAAUGAGGAGUUUGCUGCGCGGGUGGAGCAGAGUACUUUGGAAAGGGCCGAAAUGGAGGAACAUCAGAAGCACCUGGCCUUGGAGAACCAGCAGCUGAAGAGCUCCCUGCAGCGGGAGGAGGAGUCACUGUCCGCCCUGCAGGAGGAGCUGCGCUACCUGCGCUCCCAGAUCCGCAGCCUGGAGGAGCGCGGCGCGGGGGCCGAUUCCGUCCUGGCGGAGAACCAGCGGCUGAAGGGCCACCUGGAGGAGGAGAAGCAGCGCGCCCGCGGCUUCCUCAUCCAGCAGGAGGCGCUGGCGGCCGAGGCUCAGGCGCUGCGGCAGGAGCUGGACGUGGAGCGGCAGGAGAAGGAGCGGCUGGGGGAGGAGCUGGAGCAGCGGAGCGGCCAGAGCGCGGGGCCCGGCGGGGAGGCCGACCCAGAGGCGGAGGAGCUGCAGCUCAGGCUGACAGAGCUGGAGAGGAAGCUGAGAUUUGAGCAGCAGCGCUCGGACCUGUGGGAGCGGCUGUACGUGGAGACCAGGGAGGAGAGGGCAAAGGGAGACCAGCAGCCCAGACCCAGGAGGCCCCACGAUGGCAUCAUCGGCAAAGUGAAGGAGACCUUUGACGCCGUCAAGAACUCCACCAAGGAGUUCGUGCACCACCACAAGGAGCAGAUCAAGAAGGCCAAGGAGGCCGUGAAGGAGAACCUCAGGAAGUUCUCGGACUCGGUCAAGUCCACCUUCCGCCGCUUCAAGGACUCGGCCUCGCAGAUGUUUGAUAAAACUCGCCGCUCUCAGGAGAGGAAGUUCCACGAGAGAAAGGAGGCCAGGGGCGAACGCCAGGGACAUGGGAGGUCCAGACAGCCCAGACAGGACAAGGGCUCCGAGGGUUCAUCCUGGCAGGCCAGGAACCACAAGCCCCUGCAUCGGCACCCACGCAAGUCCACCACCGAUAACCUAAAGGCUGACCGUAAGACUCGAAAGCCAGGGCCGAACACCCAUCGAGACUCAGAGCCGGGUCAUAACAGGAGGCCCAGGGGAUGCUCUGGUGUGUUUGACUGCGCCCACCAAGAGUCCAUGAGCCUCUUCAACAAACCCCUGGAUCCCAUCAGGGAGGACGAGUUCAGCCAGCUUAUACACAGUUACCUCCAGCAGGCAGUGGGUCACUUCCACCACUGGAGGGAGCUGGAGAGCUUCAUCAACAGUUUUUUCCACAAUGGCCUCUUCAUUCACGACCAGAUGCUUUUCACAGACUUUGUCAGUGGCGUGGAGGAAUACCUGGAGGACUUUGAUGAGUACCAACACUAUGACGACAAUGUUUUUGAAGAUCUGGAUGACUAUGUCUACAAACACUUCUUUGGAGAAACUUAUUCAAAAUAGUGUGGGCCUAGAUUUACAGUAGGCCCACUGAAAAGCCAGCAUUAAAAAAAAAAUAAAGAGGACAAGCAGUCAGGACGGCUCGGGAAGCAGAUGGCCCUUCGUCGCCCUCAGGAAAGAGUCAGGAGAGACAGGAAGUGGAGACGUUAGCAUCCCUCUGGUAGACCCAUGGCAAAUGUCAAAACAGAGCUGGGCCCAAUGCCUUUUGAUCCUAAAUAUUAACAACAUCCUAGUGAAAUUAA